AUGUUCGAGUAUCACGAUGCUCCUAUAGGAGGACAUCGUGGCCGGGAGAAAACAUAUCUCACGGUGAGUCGAGACUUUUACUGGCCCCGCCAGUAUCAGUUUGUGCGAAAGUAUGUUCGCGCAUGCGAAGUCUGCCAACGAGUGAAGUCAAGUCCUUCACUGCGUGCACCUUUACAGCCUCUACCGGUUCCGGCUGAAGGCUGGGAAUCCAUCUCAAUGGAUUUCGUCUUCGGGUUACCCAAAGACGCACGCGGGAAUACGGGUAUUCUCGUAUUUGUUGACAGAUUCAGCAAAAUGGUACACCUUGUGGCUGUACCAGAGACAAUCACGGCAAGUGGCUGUGCUUGUGUCUUUAUUGACACCAUCUUCCGACUUCAUGGGUUGCCCCGUGAACUCGUAUCAGACAGAGAUUCACGAUUCACUGCUGAUUUCUGGCGUUCCGUGUUCAAAUCACUCGGAACGCGCUUGAAGAUGUCGACAUCUGAUCAUCCAGAGUCAGAUGGUCAGACGGAACGUGCCAAUCGUGUCCUUGAAGAGAUACUUCGAGGAUACGUACACUCCUUUAAGAGUUGGAGUGAGUUUUUGCCAAUGGUAGAGUUUGCCAUUAACAACUCGGUGCAUGCGUCCACGACACAUACACCGUUUUACGUGAAUGGCUUGCGCCAUCCGCGUGUACCCACCUUACUAGAGUGUAACUCUGGUUUAAGGGGGAGGGACUCGCGCGAGCAAAAGCCGAUUUGGUUCACGCUCAUCACGCUCUGA